AUGAGUUACUGGGGUCACACUUAUGGGGUGGUUUACUAUAUAGGAAGUUUGGAAGGAAAAAGGAACAGACCAAGCUACCAGGAGUUACUGGACAACCCAGUUGGUUACUUUUCUGGCGCAUAUCAGGAUGACUGCUCUGAUUUGUUUGUGACCGUCCAGGUCUUCAAUAAUGGCCUGCCAAUUACACUUCCAAUACAGACAUCUUAUAAAUCUUUCACGACAAGGUGGAACUGGAAUGAAUGGCUUACUUUACCUAUCAAGUUUAGUGAUCUGCCAAGAGACACAGUUCUGGCUUUUACAAUUUGGGACUAUUAUGGUAUAGAAGGCAAAGUUCCAAUUGGUGGAACAACAAUAUCUGUGUUUGGCAAGAGAGGAACUCUGCGUAAAGGUAUGCAUGAUCUUAAAGUCUGGGCUGGAAGCAAUCCAGACCCUCUGCCUGGUAAUUUGUCAAAGACGCCUGGGAAGUCCAGAGAUGCAAAUGACAGGAUGAGUCAGCUAGCAAAGCUGACUAAGAAACAUAGAGAUGGUCACAUGACUAAGAUUGACUGGCUGGACCGUUUGACCUUCCGGGAAAUUGAGCUGGUCAAUGAGCAGGAGAAGAGAGACUCCGACUUCAUGUACCUAAUGGUGGAGUUUCCACAUAUCCAUUACGACAACAUUCCGUAUACCUUAGUUUAUUAUGAGAAGGAAAAUAUUGUUGAGAGCAAACACCACAAAUUGGCUCGUAGUCUUCGUUCAGGGCCUAGUGACAAAGAUCUGAAGCCAGAUGCCAGUACCAGGGAUCUGCUAAAUAAAAUUAUUGGCUAUCCACCAACCAAGACACUUUCUUCUGAAGAGCAAGAUUUGGUUUGGAAAUUCAGGUUUUAUUUGUCUUCACAGAAGGAGGCCCUGGCCAAGUUUUUGAAAAGCGUGAACUGGAAGUUGAGUCAAGAAUCAACUGCAGCCUUGGAAAUGUUGAUGAAGUGGAGUCCCAUGAAUGUAGAAGAUGCUCUGGAGCUGUUGAGUCCAGCUUUUACUCAUACUAAAGUGCGAAAGUAUGCAGUCAUGCGACUGAGGCAAGCAGAUGAUGAGGACCUGCUGUUGUACCUGCUGCAGCUGGUACAGGCACUGAAGUAUGAAGACUUCAAAGAGAUUAAGAAUCGCAAUGACAGAGACGUUGUACCUUCUCAUCCUGAGUAUGACUCACAUCUAAAGGACACAGAUCUACCAUCGCUGGUCACUGAGCCUGUCUCUGGAGUGGACCAGCAUCCUCUUGCAGUGUCCAACUUGACCUCAUCCACUUCAAGUUUGGAAGAAGAGUUCAGGCCCAGAUCAACCUCAGCUACUGAAGAGGAGAUUUUAGAUGCAAUGAACACCGGAUUAACUUCAGGAAAGAAUGAAGCAUCUCUUUCAGCCCUGGAUGAAGAGAUGGAUUUAGCAACAUUUCUCAUCUCUAGGGCUUGCAAGAACCCAGUUGUAGCAAAUUAUUUCUAUUGGUACCUGCUGGUUGAGUCUGAAGAUCACACAGAUCUACAGAAUGAGGAAGUUCUGGCUAUGUACAAGUCUGUUCUCAGGAGAUUUAGUGUAGCUUUGAGCAAGGGUCCAUCAGAAUUCAGAAGACAGAGGUCACUAUUGUCCAGGCAGCAGCUGUUAGACAAACUAUUGUGCUCACUUGUCCAGCAUGUGCAGAAAGAAAAUAGCCAGAAGAAAAAGUUGGAGCGACUGCAAGCUCGUUUGCAUGACUCAGAAUUUGAGGCCAUCAAGAAUGAGCCCAUUCCUCUACCCUUGGACCCAUCUGUGUUGGUCAAGGGUGUGAUUCCAGAAAAGGCAUCUGUUUUCUCUAGCAAACUGAGCCCCUGCCUGGUGGCUUUCCAGACAGUCAGUGGGAAGGAAUACAAGGUGAUAUUCAAGUAUGGGGAUGACCUCAGACAGGACCAACUUAUCUUGCAAAUGUUUCAGCUUAUGGACAAGCUGCUCAGACAUGAAAAUUUAGACCUGCAGAUGACACCAUAUAAGGUUUUGGCUACUGGGAAGAAUCAUGGUUUUGUGCAGUAUGUUGAGUCCAUUGCCUUAUCUGAAGUAUCUAAAGAAAAAGCCAUUCAGAAAUUCCUGAGGCAACACAAUCCAAGUGAGACAGGACCAUAUGGCAUUGCUGGCGAAGUGAUGGACAACUAUGUAAAAAGUUGUGCUGGUUACUGUGUUGUGACCUACCUUCUCCAGGUUGGUGACAGACAUUUAGACAACCUGUUGCUGACUAAAACUGGCAAGAUGUUCCACAUUGACUUUGGCUUUAUCCUUGGCCGAGAUCCAAAGAUAAUGGCACCUCCUAUGAAACUGAACAGGCAGAUGGUAGAAGCCAUGGGUGGUUAUGAUUCAGAACAUUUCCAGCGGUUUAAAGUGUUUACAUACACUGCAUUCUUAGCUCUGCGGAGAUCUGCAAACUUGUUUUUGAACUUAUUUUCACUGAUGGUGGACUCAAACAUACCAGACAUUGCUCUGGAGCCUGACAAGACUGUGAAGAAGGUACAAGAGAAGUUCAUGCUGCACUUGAAUGAUGAGCAAGCUGUGCAGUACAUACAAGGUUUGAUUGAUGACAGUGUCAAUGCUUUCAUGCCCACUUUGAUGGAAUAUGGACACAAAGUAGCACAGGCACUGCGCAAGUAG